GUUGACCAGGGCCCAUAGGGUAGUGUACUACUGUUGACCAGGGCCCAUGGGGUAGGAUACUAUGGUACUGCGGUGUGCUUUAGGACCAUGCGGACGCCUCCGAGCCGUCAGGUAGGUUGUUUGGAGUGUUUAUCCGAGUGGAUAAAAAUAAUACAAUUAUGUCCCUCCCCUUAUAAAACCAAAGUUGCGCCCCUGGUUUUAACAGUGAUCAAGUAGACUACUAUUUGGUCAUAAUGUAGACCUACCAGUUUGGUCUACCAUCAAAAACAAUGGAGAAAAUGCAUCCCAUAACAUUUUAACAUGGAAAUACCUGUUCUAUGAUUCAGCCUACAGUAGCAGCCAAUGUGUGGUGUUCAAUGUAGGCGUACAUUCCAUGAGACUUGUGAUAAAAACAUUCAGGGCUUAACAUGAACCUGUUUAUCCACUUGUCCUUCAGACAAGGAGGUGACUGAAAAUGUUGUUGAGUCAUUUGAUGCAAGAAACCAUUUUAUUCCUGCAGGAAAGGGCCAUGAGGUCACAGAGGGCACUUCUGGACAUUGACUGCAGGAAAGGGCCAUGAGGUCACAGAGGGCACUUCUGGACAUUGACUGCAGGAAAGGGCCAUGAGGUGACACAGGGCGCUUCUGGACAUUGACUGCAGGAAAGGGCCAUGAGGUCACAGAGGGCGCUUCUGGACAUUGACUGCAGGAAAGGGCCAUGAGGUCACAGAGGGCACUUCUGGACAUUGACUGCAGGAAAGGGCCAUGAGGUCACAUAGGGCGCUUCUGGACAUUGACUGCAGGAAAGGGCCAUGAUGUCACAGAGAGCACUUCUGGACAUUGACUGCAGGAAAGGGCUGCCUCUGUAUUUUGUAUUGUCAAUUGAUGUGUCAGUGUAGAUUGACACUUAAACGUUUUCUAACUGACUCUAACUGUUGAUCAUUCACCAGUAACAUAGACCAGGGUUAGGGUUAUUCUGAUAGAUUUAGUGGGUGUGUGGCAUUCAUUAUUGGUGGUGUUGUUAUAGGCUUGUACUACUCAGAGUCUACAGGCCAAGUCUUUGUCCCAUGAAAUGUCACCAACCCGGUUGAAUACAGGGGUGUGUAUCAUUGUUAUAAGCAACAGCUUGAACAAGAAGUGUAUGUGUGUGUGUGCGUGUGUGUGUGCGUGUGUGUGUGUGUGUGUGUGUGUGUGUGUGUGUGUGUGUGUGUGUGUGUGUGUGUGUGUGUGUGUGUGUGUGUGUGUGUGUGUGUGUGUGUGUGUGUGUGUGUGUGUGUGUGUGUGUGUGUGUGUGUGUGUGUGUGUGAAAGAAGACAGGUGAGAGAGAUCGGGGGGAGAGAAGGUGGGGGCAGAGACAUAUGUUUUCUCAAUGUGAUAUUUUCAUAAGGUUCUCUCUCUCUCUCUCUCUCUCUCUCUCUCUCUCUCUCUCUCUCUCUCUCUCUCUCUCUCUCUCUCUCUCUCUCUCUCUCUCUCUCACUCUCUCUCUCACUCACUCACUCACUCACUCACUCACUCACUCACUCACUCACUCACUCACUCACACUCUCUCUCUCAACCCCAGACAGUAUGGAGAAGAGCCAGUAUGGACCCCCGCAGUACGUGUCUGCUCCCCCCUACCCUGGCCUCCCAGCGGGCUACCAGGGAAGUGGAGGGGGAACAGCCUACCCCCCUCAGCCUGGCUACCAGGGAAGUGGCGGGGGAACAGCCUACCCCCCCCCCAGUCCCCAACCCGGCAUGUACCCACCACCUCCCCAAUACGACAUGGGCAUGGCACAACCUACAAACGCCCCCAGCAUAACCCAGGUGGUGGUGAUGCAGCAGCUGCUGCCUAGAGACGUACCCGGCCAGAUGACGUGUCCCCACUGUCAGGUCCCGGUUCUGACAGAGACCACACACACCCCUGGACUGCGCACCUGGGUCCUCUGUGGAGUCCUCGGCAUCUUUAUGUGCUGGCCAUGCUGUUUGAUUCCUUUCUGUGUUGACUCCUGUAAGGAUGUAGAACACCGCUGCCCCAACUGCAAGAGAGUGAUCCACAUCCACAAAUGUGAAUAGGCCAAGAUGAGACGCCUGCCACAAAGUGAUCCACAACUAGCCCCGGCCCACAGACACUGCUGCCACAAAGUGAUCCAUACCUUUAUGAAUCCAUUCCAAUACACCACUAGUCUACACUACACCACUAGUCUACACCACUACUCUACACCACAAGUCUACACUACACCACUAGUCUACACCACUAGUCUCCACCACUACUCUACACCACUACUCUACACCACUAGUAUACACCACUACUCUACACCACUAGUCUACACCACUACUCUACACCACUAGUCUACACCACUAGUCUACACCACUAGUCUACACCACUAGUAGGUCAAGAACGCUUUUAGUACCUGAGUAAUGGUGACUCUUAUUUCCAACCAUAACACACACACACAUACAUACUUGUGAAGCAACGUGCUCCUCAUGAAAAUAUAAAUAUCUGUGGUGAGAAGUCACAGUGUAAAGACAAUAGUCUGUCUGUGGCUGAGAUGACUACUGGAAGAUCAGCUUAAUAUUGACUAGUGUCAGUGUGUAACAAGCUAAGGCCACUUCUAGCAGACCUUUUACACUGAUUGUAAUGUAUGUUUUCUUCCAUUCUUUGAAUCUUCAUGUCAGACAGAAAGUAGGAUUCUAUUUGUAUUGACGUUGGUAUCGAUUGGUUGUUGGGUUUUUUAAAGGCACAGUCCACAGUUGAAACAAUAAAAAAGCUAAAUCCCG